GGUCCUGGAGGAAUCAUAACAUUUCAGGAGCGGGAAGGAGCUGCCGCCCAGAUGGAAUGACUUGUACAUUUUCACAGUUUCCGACCUUCUCGCUUUAGACUUCUUCUUUGGGAAGCGCAGAGCCUCAGCCUGAGGGCCCGGAGGGGUGGGGGUCACCAUGGCCGGUUUACCGCCCGGAGAUCCGCAGCUCGUCUCCAUGAUCGUCAGUCAUUUGAAAACACAGGGUCUUUUUGACCAGUUCCGGCGGGACUGUCUGGCAGAUGUGGACACGAAGCCUGCCUAUCUGAACCUGAGGCAGCGGGUCGAUAACUUUGUGUCGAACCACCUGUCCAACCACACAUGGAGUCCUCAUCUGAACAAAAACCAACUGAGGAACAACAUUCGCCAGCUGGUGCUGCAAUCAGGGAUGCUGGAGCAGGGGGUUGACAGGAUUGUGGCCCAGGUGGUGGAUCCCAAAAUCCACCACACCUUCAGGCCCCAGGUGGAGAAGGUGGUCCGCGAGUUCCUGUCUCCUGGACAGGUUGCUGAUGAGGCCCUGGUCUGUCCAGCUCAAACUGAAGAGAAGCAAGACCAGAACAUUCUGACUCCAGGUCCCUCCAUAGCCCUUGCCACAUCAGUAGCUAGUGAUGCCAUGUCCAUCCUGGAUACCAUCACCUCCCUGAACCAAGGGGCCAAUUCCUGGAUCACUGGUGAUAAGCCUGGGGACAAGAGCAGUAGACGGCCUGGUGUUCAAUGGACUGCCAAUGGGGGCCUGGAAAGGGACCAGGCCCCAGAGGAGCUGCUCCAGGAAGAAGAGUCUGGAGAGCAGGACAUGAGUCUUGUGGAGGAAGAGGAAGAGUCAGCAGGACAGGUCCAGGAAGAGAAACCAGGGCUGGCAGUGCAGGAGAUGGAGUGUGAAACAGAUAAAGCCUCCCAGCAAACAGAGGAAGGGGGUAUCGUGGGUGAGGUGGAACAAAAAGGGGAGGAGCAUGUCGAUGGGGAGGAGCCCAAGGAGCCAGAGGGUGAGACCAUGGAGCUUAAAGCAGUGGAGGGCAAAGACAAGGCCAGCGAUAAAGUGGCUAAAAAAGUCAAGGAGGAGGCAUCAGCCAGAGAUGGAGAGACCCCCAGUGAGAAGCACCGCAUCCGACAGAAAGCCAGGGAGAGGCUCAAAGAAGAGUACUCCUUGGAAGACUCGGACCUCGAAGGCCUCAGUGACAUCACUGUAAGCUCAGUCCACACCAGUGACUUGUCGUCCUUUGAGGAGGAAAGCGAUGAGGAGCCGCAACUGUCUGACACCACGGAGGAAGGAGAGAUCACCUCUGAGGAUGAGAAGAUAGAAGACAAGAAGGCUGCCUCGGACAAUGCAGAGAACAGGGAGCGCAAGCCCCGAAUGGGUCGGCAGGCUUACGUUCACAAACCCUUCCUGUACUCCCGCUACUAUAGUGACUCCGAUGAUGAGGUUACUGUAGAACAGCGUCGUCGUAAUGCUGCCAAGGAUAAGGAGGAGAGACUACUGAAGAGACAGCAGAACAGAGAGAGACUGGAGGAGAAGCGCCGACAGAAGGCCAGCCAGCAGGAAGACAACGCUGAAAGAAAGGAGACAGCUUCUGCAAGCUCAGAGUUCCAAGGCCCAUCUUGCAAGGAGGCACGUAAGGAGAAGAAGGUCUUGGAGAAGAUGGUAGCCAUCAGCAGGAAAAGGAAGAAACACUCUAGGCAAGAGGAAGAAACUGGCAACAAGAAGAAAGGAGACAUGUCAGAGGAGUCCUUAAAGAAAUCUGAUGAAUUGAAAUCAGGUUCCUUAAAGCUUCCUCAUCCGAGGUCUGCUAGGAGAAUCUCUGAGUCCACCAUAUCAGAGGAGAGCCAAAGAAGGAAGAGCAUUGGGGAUAGCCCUGCAACAGUUUCCAAUGAGCCUCGAGACCCAAAAAAGCUGUCGGACCGGAGCAAGACCCACUCGUUCAUCCUAGACCUGGAGCAGGGGUCUGAGGAGCUACUUCGACACAGAGCUGGGAGUAAAUUUGACAGAAUCCCUCGCAAAGAGCAAGGGGAAGCCCCCAAACAUGUUAAAGAGAGGGAGAGGGUUGAGAAGGAGCGAAGCCUCUCGGAUGAACGUGGUAAGUCCAAACAGAAGACCGAGAAGAUUGCAGGAGUAAGUCGGACCAAUAGUGAAGCUAGCGCGGAUGAGAAUUGGCAGAAAGAUGGCACUCUUAUGGCAAAGGUAGCUGCAGAGGAGAAGACAGAGAAGAAGAGUAAGACUAAAGAUCGGCGGAUCUCUUCAUUAGGUAAAGAGGGAGGUGCCCAAGAAGAAGGCUCUCAGAAAGACAGCACCAAGAAAAUGAAGGUCCCAUCUUCAUCAGACGCAUUGAAAAUGGAGAGGGUCAAGGUGGAGAAGGCUCCUUUGGUGAAGAGUGAUGCCAAGCUUCCCUUCAGUCUGGAUUCCACAGGCUCUUCUGAGGAUAAGUCUGAUAUUGAGCCUGGAUGUGAGAGUGGGAAGAAGAAGGACAGGUAUCCUAAGGAGAUGAUAAAGAGGUCCAAAAGCUACUCUGAGGAAAAACAUGUGGACAAGCCCAGGUCAAAAUUGGAGACUAAGGAUGUGAAGCCUGGUGAGAAAGAUGCUGAACGUAAACCCAAACCGGAUCAUGCUGUCACAGAGCAUGUGAAGCCUGAGAAGCCCAGCUCUGACACAGAUCUUGAUCGGAAGUCCAGGGAUGUGGAAUGUGGCUCAAAGGUUAAAGCUGCUGCAGUAGAUAAAUCCAGAUCUAAAUCCAGAGAGGAUUCCAAAAUGCAGGCUGGGUCCAAGGUGGAAAAGAAGACUAUAUUUCAUGAAAACAAGAGCAAAGCAACCAAACCUGUAAGUAGACCAAACUUAGCUAAAGAGAGAAAGAAAGAAGAAGGUGUUAAGGAAGACAGCAAGACUUUUGAGGAAAACUUGCAUGACAAAGUGAAAGCAGGAAAAGACUCCAAGAGGCUGUCAGAAAAGCUAAGCAAAGAUAUAGAAACUGUAGUUAUGACCCAGAGUGAGAGGAAAAAGGGAUCAAGAAGUGAAGAGCUGUCCCCUGGUUCCUCUCUCUCCCCUUCUGCUCAAGAAAUUUUGGAACCUGUCUCCAAGAAGCUUGACUCUGAGGAGGAUAGAAUAGACUCUGAGACAGUGAGAGCCACUGGCCAUGUGACCAUCAUGGAUGACACCUUGGAUGCCUUGAGUGACAUAACUCCUGAACCUGAAGAUGAAGAGACCUCAAGACAGGUUGAUGAGGACUUAGCCUUUCGGGCAGCGUUGGAAGCAAACCGCCCACUGAGCCCCCUAGAAGGAGCAUCAAGCAAUGACAUGGUCAACCAAGGAGGAAAAUGUGUCCCUGGGUUAGUUCAACGGGAGGAAGUCCAGGAAGCUCCUCUAGUAGUGUCAAAUGUUGAUACCAUGUCUCCCAACAGUGAGGUGGAACAAAAAUUUCCAUCUGUAACAUCCCUCCAGGAGGCAGACUUGAAGAGGCAGGAAGCAGCUUUGACCUUAUUAUCCAUGGACCCUGACAUGACAGUUGUUCAGAACGUUGCUGUUAUUCGCCAGUUUUUUCCAGUGGAGGCUGUAUUGCCUGAAUCAGAACUGCAAACAUCUAGUCCAUCAGAAGCUCUCGGGGAUUUGGUCCCCAAGGUUGAAGAUCGGAGCAUAACAGCUGUUCAGCCAAUGGAUGUGCAGUCUUCAGAGCCAUCAUGUGGCAUUUUCAAGGAUGGACAGUCUGGUUUCCAAGUUUUGGUAGGUGACCAAGGAGUCAGUGUCUCAAUGGAUGGAAAGUCCACUAUGAUGCAGGAGGAGGACAAGUCUGUUGUUAGUGAGAAAAAGGAGAAACCAAGAAAAUUUGAAGGUGUCAUUGAAGCAAAACGAAAUGCCUAUCUGUCGGCUGACAUAACAGAGGGCAUGUCUUUAAGCCAAGGCCUUGAACCUGUUCAUGGAGCAACUUCAAAAAAAGAAAUGGAGGUUAUGAAAGCUAUUUCUGCAAACAAAGACCUGGAGCUUGCAGAAGAAGCAUCUUCGGGUCAAGGUAUGGAGUGUGCCGAGAGCAAAGCUUCUGAUGAAGGCCUGCAGGGUGCUGAAAGCAAGGCUUCUGGUGAAGGUCUGGAGUGUGCCAAAAACGAGACUUCUGGUGAAGGCUUUGUGUCUGCCGAGAGCAGGGCUUCUGGCGAAGGCCUAGAAUGUGCCGAAAGCAAGUCUUCUGAUCAAGCCCUAGAGUCUGCCGGGAGCAAGGCUUCUGGCGAAGGCCUAGUGUCUGCUGAGAGCAAGUCUUCUGAUCAAGCCCUAGAGUCUGCCGGGAGCAAGGCUUCUGGCGAAGGCCUAGUGUCUGCUGAGAACAAGUCUUCUGAUCAAGCCCUAGAGUCUGCCGAAAGCAAGUCUUCUGGCGAAGGCCCCGAGGGUGCCGAGAGCAAGGCUUCUGGCGAAGGCCCCGAGGGUGCCGAGAGCAAGGCUUCCGAGAGCAAGGCUUCUGGCGAAGGCCCCGAGGGUGCCGAGAGCAAGGCUUCUGGCGAAGGCCCCGAGGGUGCCGAGAGCAAGGCUUCCGAGAGCAAGGCUUCUGGCGAAGCCCCCGAGCGUGCCGAGAGCAAGGCUUCCGAGAGCAAGGCUUCUGGCGAAGCCCCCGAGCGUGCCGAGAGCAAGGCUUCUGGCGAAGCCCCCGAGCGUGCCGAGAGCAAGGCUUCUGGCGAAGCCCCCGAGCGUGCCGAGAGCAAGGCUUCUGGCGAAGGCCCCGAGCGUGCCGAGAGCAAGGCUUCUGGCGAAGGCCCCGAGCGUGCCGAGAGCAAGGCUUCUGGCGAAGGCCCCGAGCGUGCCGAGAGCAAAUCAUCUGAUCAAGACCUGCAGUCUCCCAGUGCUGAGUCUUUGAAACAGGCACCGGAGUCCAUCGACAUUGAGUGUUCUCAAAAAGAACUGAAGUCUGCCGAUGUGUCUUUACAACCGGAAUCAGAGUCUCCUGCUUUUCUGUCUUCCAAACAAGAAUUGGAAUCUGGAUUAGCAUCAUCCAAAGAGGGACCACAACCAGCUACUGUAAUAUCUUCAGAACUCGGAUUGGAUUCGACUGUCAAGUCUUCAGAACUGGGACCAGAGUCUGUCUGUGUUGCAUCUUCUGACCAGGAAAAUGUGGUGUCCCUGAAAGUAUCUGCUGCUCAGAAGUCAACUAAAGGCAUAUCUUCCAGUCAUGGUGUUCUAUCUGUUGAUGGCACCAGUGCAAGCCCAAAUGUUGAUUCUGCUGAUAGAACAGUUUCAAAUGAAGACAUUGACUCUCGGGACAGGUCUGAAGGUGAAGAGGAUGGAGGAAGAGGAGGGGGGCACUCUAAGCUGACAUCUGUAUCUCUCUUAGAAAGUGGUGAUGUGUCAGCAGCCACAGAGGAGAUGAAGGAAGAUGAUCAAAGCAAAGAAGAGGCUAAAAAUCUUUCUGAAACAUAUAUUGGGGACAGUGAGGAAAUUCAUAUCACUAAAGAAGAGAAACAUCCAGAAACUGAAAAGAAAAACAAGCAGGAAGAUCAACUGGAGCAGCCCCAACAAGUUAAAGAGACUCGCCGAGGCCGGCCACCCAAAAUUGUUAAACAAGCCAGUAGCACUUCAAAGUCAGACGUGCAGGAAGAGGAGAAGGGAUCAGAGCCAUCAGGGACAGAGGACAGGCCAGAGGGGAGAGUGACUCGCAAGGGCAGACAGGCCAGUCAGAAAUCAGCAGCAAGUAAGGAUGCAAGUAAAAUUUUGUCCAAGGAGAGCAAGAGCAAAGAUCAAUCUUCAGAGCCUUCUGCAGAAGAUGGAGAAUUGGAGGAGGUGAAAGAGACAAGGGCCCGUCGGGGGAGACCUCCGAAGAGCGCCUCCGGUAUGGCCCAGAAGGAGUCCGGGAAGGUCCAGAAGGAGGACCGCAGGGGCAAUGUUUCUGCAGACUCAGGACCAAGAGCUGAGAGCGAUGAAGAAGGUGAGAGGUUGACAGAAUCUAAGGUGGAAAGAUCUGUCAAGAGAAUGGUAUCCCCCCUAAGGAAGACCAGAUAUUCGUCUCAAGAACCAGAAGAGGAAGGAGCUGAUAGUCUAGAAGAGGAAUCGGAGAAGGUGGCGAUGCUGGUGCAGGGAGGACGCUGCUCUAAUGCCUCUAAGAAUAACCAGGUGAGGAGAAGUGACAGUGAACCUGAAGUCUCUGCUGAUACGAGGGAGGAAGAGGAGAAAAGUGGUACAAAGAGAGGAGGUCGACGUGGACGGGUAGGCCGGCCUCCAGGUGCAGGCAAGGUGUCUUCAGAUUCAACUCCAAAGGACCACAGUGGGGAAAAGGACCUCGGAAGCUCAGAAUCAAAAGAGCCAACACACACACGUAGGCCUGCUGUUAAGAGGAAACGGUCUGGGGACAUUCUGGAGUCAGGAGGGGAAAAGGGGGAAGAUAAGAGCGAUGGCCCAGGGAGCCACGCUGCAAAAGUUCCUCGAGAGGACAGUGUGAGCCAUUCUGAUGACCAGGAGGAUGGGAAGGACCCAAGCUCAGCUGAGAAGACUGACAGUGAUGAGGUGAAGGAGCCACUUCCGGAGAAGAAGCCAGGCAGGAGGGGAAGGCCUCCUAAAGCAGCAGCGGCAGCAGCAGCAGCGGCGGCAGCAGCAGCAGCAGCAGCAACAGUUGCCACGGAGCAGUCAGCUAAGACCCCGUCAGAGAAGAAGGACGGAAAGGCAGCCGAGGCAGAGGGUGAGCGACAGCAGGAGGGGGAAACCGAGGAGGAAGAAGAUGAGGAAGAGACUCGUACAAGAACCACCACGAGAUCCGCAUCUCGCCUGGAGGCCGAGAGAAAGAAACCAAGUAAACCUUCGACACGAGCCUUGACCAAACUGACGGGAAAGGAAGAGAGCCCACAGACCACACGGGUGGGCAGGGGCCAAGGACGCAAACGAGAAGGCAGCCCCCUCACAGUUCGCACCCGAGGGGGACAGAAGUCGGAGGAGCCCCCUGCCAAGAGAUCCAAGCGAUGAAUGAACGACAGGGCUCAUGUAGCACUCGUCUAUACUCUCUUGAUAGGGUUUGGUUUCUUAGUUUCAGUUGUAAAUAUCUGCUAUUUUGUGGAAAACAUGAAGUCCUGAGUGAGUUGUUCUCUAGCAAACAAAUAGCUGAAGAGUGAAAUAGGAAAAGGGAGCCAUGUAAUUUGGAAGCUGGAACAGAACACGGAGCCCCGGAACGCUUCUAUGGUCACACGUGUGCUUCCCUUAGGGCCUUGUCUCAGCUGAGCACUUGAAACUUCCCUCAUACCGCAACACGCACCCCGUCCACGGUGCCGGGGCAGUUUGCUCAGCUCCUUCAUCUGCAGCAGGUAAAGUUAUAUCGGCAGGGGCGCAGCAGCGGCAGUCAGGGGCAAUUUACCUGAAGUAGGAACACACAAAGCACCGGAACAGUUUGGGUUUUGCUCAAGCAAAUGUUGGCCUCACCUCCUUCAGGUGCAACAUUGUGGCAUAAAAAAAAUGUCUCUUGCGUAUGUAAUGCAUUUUAUGUUUUCUGUGUAUUAUUACAAAGUAGGGCUUCUGAAUUUGUGCAUCGUGUAUAAACUGAGCUUUUAUAUUCAUUCUGUGAAUGUAAAGAAGACGAGCCCUUUUCUCGCCUUUUUAUGUCUGUGUAAGGUGCACCAGUGUUGACAACUCCUCUGUGUGUUGUUUUUAUUUUUUAACAUACCUAGCCCAGUGACACAAACUGCUAAAUAGUUAUUAAAUCUUC